AUGUAUGUGCCUGAAAUAAUGAAUAGCUCCACAACAACAUCUUCAUCAACGUUACCCUCAAUAUCCACACUUGCAAGCACAACAAACGCUUACCAAUCACCUCGCACACCAUUCUCAACUACAAGCACAAAUACAUUUGCAAACACAAACAUGGCUAUAUCGACACCACCCACCCAGCAGAUGCAGCAACUGCAGUUGCAACUGCAGCAGCAUCUGCUGUUACUGCAGAGACCACUGUUGCCUCCAUUGGUCAAAAGAAUAAGCUUACCACCAAUCAGUGAUAUCUUGAGCUCCUCAAGCUCCAAUGCCAACUCCCCAUCAGCCACCACUACUGCAUCUGGCCCUACCCAAACCACAUUUGCACAACAUAUGCUUCCACCAGUAUCCCAAUUAUCCUCACAAACAUACAAUUACUACACAACUACCAAUGACCGCAUGCGCAAACUAAACAAGUCACCAGUAAUUGCACAUUCCACGUCUGCAACUUCAAUACCAACAAGCAUGUCUCCAGCAUCCAACUCGUAUCUGUCACACCAAUACCAACAAUAUGCACCUUCUCCUCAGCAACAACAACAACAGCAACAGCAACAGCAAUCUCAUAUUCAAACAAGUGUACAGGUACACUUAUCGCAUCCCAGUCUUGCAAGAGCACAAUCGUUUCCACAACAAAGUACACCAGCUUCCUCAUGCUCAUCAUCUCCAAGCUCUCUUUCAUCACCACAACAGCAACAGCAACAACAACAACAGACCAACCACCAGUAUUCCCAUCACUCAUACUCACAUUCUCACCUUGCUCCAGCAAACUAUUAUACCGGCUCUCAAACCCCGCAACUGGGCCUUUCUCCACAGCAAUACUCCAAAAGAAAGACUAGAAACAAUCUUCCAAAGGAGAUAACAUAUGUCCUUUUGCGUUGGCUCAAUGACCACUUGAACCAUCCAUACCCAAACUCAUUUGAGAAGAACCAGUUGAUGCUCACGACGGGGUUGAAUCAACAACAAUUGAGCAAUUGGUUUAUCAAUGCCAGAAGAAGAAAGAUUAAGCUGUUGAAGGAACAAAAAAGAAUGAACAAGGCAAAAUGUCCAAAAGCAGGAACCACAUAUAGAAGUGAAUAA